GAACAGCCCCUGGAAGCAGACGUUUCGGCCACAGACCCAGAGAGGAGGAGCUGACGAUCAGGAGGCGUGAGCCGCCAAGAGUCUGCAGAAUUCGUGGUGUGAAUGAACUGGGGGCACCUUGGGCACAGGGAUCGCCCCCCCCCUUUCCCGCCUCGGGCCACAGUUGAGUAGUGGGGCAUUUUUUUCACCCUCUUGUGAAGAAUUUUUUUUAUUAUUUGUUGUAAAGUCUUUUGCACAAUCACGCCCACAUUUGGGGUUGGAAAGCCCUAAUUACCGCCGUCGCUGAUGGACGUUAGAGAGGGAGCGCCUAGCCCCGGAACAGUCGCCUGCGCGCCCUCGUCGGACCCGCGGCUCUUGCACCGUGUACCGGCUCGGCCCUGCGCUUGCUGCUGGCCCGCGCGCUGCGCCCCCUCGGUUCCCGGACACAUCUCCAGGCUAUACCAGCUCGGCAGCCGGAGCCCGGGCGCCAGUGCUGGCUUCUGCUUCGGGUCGCUGCGCCCACCCGACGCGCCCAGGAGGACUCCACAGCUCUGCUCUGGUUCGUCCCCCUAGGCUUAACCCGGAGUCUCCGCUUGGAUUCCUAGGCCGCCUUCGCUCGGGUGGCGACUUCCUCCCCGCGCCCCCUCCCCCUCGCCAUGAAGAAGUCCAUUGGAAUAUUAAGCCCAGGAGUGGCUUUGGGGACGGCUGGAGGUGCAAUGUCUUCCAAGUUCUUCCUAAUGGCUUUGGCCACAUUUUUCUCCUUCGCCCAGGUUGUAAUAGAAGCUAAUUCUUGGUGGUCUCUAGGUAUGAAUAACCCUGUUCAGAUGUCGGAGGUAUAUAUCAUAGGUGCACAGCCUCUCUGCAGCCAGCUGGCGGGACUUUCUCAAGGACAGAAGAAACUCUGCCACUUGUAUCAGGAUCACAUGCAGUACAUUGGGGAAGGUGCGAAGACAGGCAUCAAAGAAUGCCAGUACCAGUUUCGGCAUCGGAGAUGGAACUGCAGCACAGUGGACAAUACCUCUGUCUUUGGCAGGGUGAUGCAAAUAGGCAGCCGAGAGACCGCCUUUACGUAUGCGGUGAGCGCAGCUGGGGUGGUGAAUGCCAUGAGCCGAGCAUGCCGCGAGGGCGAGCUGUCCACCUGUGGCUGCAGUCGUGCUGCGCGCCCUAAGGACCUGCCUCGGGACUGGCUGUGGGGCGGCUGUGGAGACAACAUCGACUAUGGCUACCGCUUCGCCAAGGAAUUUGUGGACGCACGAGAACGGGAGCGAAUCCAUGCCAAGGGCUCCUAUGAGAGCGCGCGCAUCCUCAUGAACCUGCACAACAAUGAAGCAGGCCGCAGGACAGUGUACAACCUGGCAGAUGUAGCCUGCAAGUGCCAUGGAGUGUCUGGCUCCUGUAGCCUCAAGACAUGCUGGCUGCAGCUGGCGGACUUCCGAAAGGUGGGCGAUGCCCUCAAGGAGAAGUAUGACAGCGCUGCCGCCAUGAGGCUCAACAGCCGGGGCAAGCUGGUCCAGGUCAACAGCCGCUUCAACUCCCCGACCACGCAGGACCUGGUCUAUAUCGACCCAAGCCCAGACUACUGUGUGCGCAAUGAGAGCACAGGCUCGCUGGGCACACAAGGCCGCCUGUGCAACAAGACCUCAGAGGGCAUGGACGGCUGCGAGCUCAUGUGCUGCGGCCGUGGCUAUGACCAGUUUAAGACAGUGCAGACUGAACGCUGCCAUUGCAAGUUUCACUGGUGCUGCUAUGUCAAGUGUAAGAAGUGCACGGAGAUUGUGGAUCAGUUCGUUUGCAAAUAGUGGUGUGCCUGCCCAUCACUCAGCCCAUUCCCAGGACCCACUUAUUUAUAGAACGUACAGUGAUUCUGGUUCUUUUUAUUUUCCCCCAGGAAUUGCAGCUGGAACCAUAUUUUUUCUGUUACCAUCUAAGAACUCUGUGGUUUAUUAUUAAUAUUGUAAUUAAUAUUUGGCUAUAGCGGGGGGGGAAACCAAGAAAAAUAUUUAUUUUAUGAAUCUUUGCAAAGUUAGUACAAAAUUUCUCUCUUCUGAUGCUACAGGAUAAAGGGGAAAUAACACAUAUUUUGACUUAGCUGCAUGGUUGGGGUUCACAUCUAGAAGGUAUAGGAACUAUUUUCUUCUCAAAUAUGGAGUCCUAUGGAAUGGUUGAUACCCUAGUGAAAGAGGUUGGUGCAGACCCAUGAAUGACUCAGUUCCUAUAGUCAAAAUGAAUUGCAGAUGCUCUGCUACAAGACAAAAGAGCUUAAACCUAGAUAUAGUAAAUACAUACACACAGAAUAUAUAUAUGCCAAAAAUACAGACUAUGAGACAUUCCCCAUUCCAGAGAUUAGCAGCCUGCUUUUUGUAUUUUCAGAAUGAUCUCUUAGAAUGUAAGAGCGAGAAUUUCCUGUCUUCCUAAAUAGGCAUAUCAUGUUUGUUACUAUAGCCCAGCUACAGAUACUCCAUUCACGGAUAUGCCUUUUUCUAACUUCAUGAAACUUGGGGAGCUGGUAGGCUGCAGGGGCAGGAUGUCCCCAGAAAUUAGAAAACUUGAAAUUUCCUACGUGGAGGCCACAUCUAAUUCUAAAUACUGGACUUUAUGUCUGGGAAGAGAUUUUGACUCAAAAACUAUCUCAAUUUGGAAGCUAUCUUACUGUCUGAAAAAUGAAAAUUACCCAUGAAAUCCAUUUGCAGACCCUGUACCCAGACGACAAGGAAAUCACAUGUAGUUGAGCACUGCAGAAGGACAGAAUACCUCUUCGAGGAGAAACUGGCAGCCACCUUCCAAGCUCUCUCUAGACUCUGUGCCUUUAUGGGAUGGGAUGCUGGCCAUGCUUGAAAUGGUCACUCCCGUGGAUGCUCAUGGCUCGCUGGGCAGGAAAUGCCCGUGAGGAGUUAUGCUCAAAACAGCUACUUGGGGAUUCCAUCUUUCUCUGAUAGCUUUUCUUUGGAGUACAGUAACUUCCUGGGUUUUGCUGAUAUUACUCGGCCCAAGGAGUCCACAGAGCUGUUGCAGCCGUUAUAAUCCUGUGUUUAGACUGUCCAUUUGUGCUUUUCCUAUUAUCCUGCAGGCAGACGCCAAAACUGUUCCUAGUAUACUUGAACAGUUGCAUUUAUAAGGGGGGAGGGAGUGGUUUAAUGGUGCCUGAUAUCUCAGUCUUUUGUACAUAACAUAUAUAUAAAUAUACAUAUAUAAAUAUAGAUAUAAUUAUAUCUCAGUGCAGUCCGUGGUUUAGAUUUACAGUUUGCUCUGGGCUUGCACUCUGCCUGGAGUAUUGUCCUUCAUUGAAGUCCAACUGGGACUUCUUUUUUCCAAAAUUUUGAGUCUUGACAUUGGCACGUGACUCUCUGGGAUCCUACCACGAACACCAGGAAGCAAGCUAGACUCUGAAGAAGCCUUCAGGGCUGGUGUCCUGAAAUAUAUGUUGGUUAGAAGGUGGCCCUUCUCCUUCCUGCCCACCCUUAGUUCUCCACCCUCUCUUUGGUAUCCUGGGCUGGCAGGGCAUUGCUGGCUUGUCACAGCUUUGGACCUUGAGAGGUACUCAGCCCAGGAGCACCAACCUGGUCUCAAUUUGCUUAGCUCAUUUCUCAGUGAGGACUUGCGCUUGUCCUGUCUAACAGGAUUGACCUGAGUCCCUGAAGCAAAUCAGCUCACCGCAUAGUUAAACAAUGUUUUAAAAUAAGGGCACCUCUAUUUCCAAAGUGGCAUCUGCUGUGUUGUUGUAGGACCUGAUACUGUUCUUCAAGGUAUAAAAAGAUGUAUGUCUUCCCUUCGUCGGCUUGGUGGCCUUCCGGUCGCCUCAGAUCCGUGGCUCUUAACUUAUUGCCCCCAAAUAUUCAUUUCCCCUCAGCCACAGUGAAUCGCAAACAAAAGAUCUUGAAAUGAAAAAGCACUAAUUUAGUUUAAAAUGUCACUUUUUUGGUUUUUAUUCUACAAAAACCACGAAGUACGCUCUUUGUAUUUGCUAACUAGAUCAUGUUCUCUUUAGUGACUCAUGUUCAUGAGCAGAGUGGAGUUUAACAAUCCUAGCUUUUUAAAAAAAAACUAUUUAAUGUAAGAUAUUCUACGCGUCAUUCAGAUAUUUUGUAUAUCCUCUAUGGCCUUUAUUCUGUACUUUUACUGUACAUAUUUCUGCCUUGUGUGAUUUGUAUAUUUCACUGGUUUAAAGAAACAUGGAAAGGCUUAUGCCGAUGGAAGAUAGAAUAUAAAAUAAAAUGUUACUUGUAUAUUGGUAAGAGGUUUCAGUUGUCCUUUAGCUAAUCCACGUGGAGAGCUGUUUUCAGGAGAAGCCACAGGGGUAGCUUCGGACUGCUAUGUGUUCGAAUACUAGAAGAGCGGACAAAUUUACCAAAAGCAAACUAUUUGGAAGCUUCAAAAGAGUUCUCUAUAUGCAACAGAACAAAAACGGAAUUCUCUUUUCCUAUAUAUGUUCCUUCAAAAAGAGAGAGAGGAGUCAAGCAGAUGGCGUAAAGCUGGUCACAGAAUUGCUCACAUUCUUUCGGCAUUAUGCAUGCGACUUAAUUGUUUUAGAGUGCGUUGCUCUUGUAACAUCCCAGAGAUGAACCAAAGAAGCUCACGCUUUCAUCCAUGCCCGCCAGAUUUUGAGCUCUCUCCCACACGUGUAUGCAUGUGUGUAUGCAUGCCUGUGUAUAUCACUGUGUUUACCACUGCAAAUGUAAACACUAUGCGAGUUUACCGUGGGCCGUGCAGGGCAUCUCUGUUCUCCGUUUGAAUGGGCGCCGUUUUUAUGAAAAGAAAGCUGCAGUGAGCAGGAACUAAAGGUUCCUUGUGUGACGUGCAAUUAAUAAAAGGCCUCCAGCUUUCUGGAAAUGAAUCCCAGAAUCUGUUCAGGCCUGUGCAGACUGAUACAUUAGCUAGCCUUUUGCCCUUCUCUUUUUCUUUCUGGAUAACCUUGUAACAUACUGAAACCUUUAAAGGAAACCAAGAAUGCAUUAUUCCACCAAAAAGAAAAAAAAAGCAGUAGACCAACAUAUAGAGUGUUUAAAAUAGCAUUUCUGGGUAAAUUCAAAGACUUGUGGUUCUAGGAGUCACAUCUGUUUCCGUUUUUCUUCAGUUGUAUAUUGACCAGUGUUCUUUAUUGCUAAAACAUAUACUCGAUGUAGCAAUGUCAGCAUCUUUUUUCUUCCCAUCCUGGAGAGCAUUCAAAACCUUCCCAGUACAGGAACAUCAAUGAAACAAUUACACACAGGCUGUAGCAAACAGAACUGUGUUUAACAUGGUCAGUAUUGGGCUCCAGGUCAAGGCUGUAUUGUUCCGGUUCUGGUUCUUUGUGCUCUUGACCAUCCUGGCUGCCUAUGACAGCAGCUGCCUGCCCACAUUCAUUCUCAGAAGAUUUUUCUCAAUAGUGAUUUCCAAUGUGUUUUUCUGCACCAUCAUUCAAGCGGCUGGAACCUUCAGAUAGGGGCCUGAGAGCAGGAUGACACACCCUGGACAAGAACCGUAUUAACUGACUAGAGCAACCAUUAGCAAAAGCUACCUAGCAACACUGAAGUAUAAGCAGGGAAUGCGGAUGGCAAAGUUGCUUGUGACUCCAAGUACAUAUUUCACGCCAGCAAGCAUGGAGGCCCCGCUCCGAAGCACUGUGCUGUUACUGUAAAACAUGCUUUAAAGUAUUGAUUUUCUGGAAAGGUCUUUUCUAGUCUUCACCUCUGGGUGAAGUAGAAAACAAGAUGCCAUGUUGUGAAAGGGAAGAGGAUGAUUAUUUUUUUAAUUGCAGAAAUAUUUAGAGACAUAAGAUUUAAAAUUUAUAGAAGGGAUCUUUGAAUUUGCCUGUUAACAUGGACUUUACGCUUAAAUUUGAUGAUUGGAUGAUGUUCUGUGUUGGAGAAACAUCUUGUUAACCAACUUUAGAAAGAAAAUGUAAAGAAAAGUUGGUGUGAGCCAAUCUAGAAGGCUGAAUAAAAGCUCUUACAAUAGUGUUGCCAAACCAAGGAGGGACUUGCAUCUUAGACCAGUUUUUAUAUGAUUUUCAAUUUGGCGGAGAUAGAAA